AUGGCGGCGAUUGACGAUUAUGACAGGGCCAAGGGAGAGGAGGAGCAUAUCCUCCCUUUAACUGGCAACAGGCAGUUAGCGUACGCCCACAGCGGACCCGUAUCUUCUCGAACCGUCGUGAUCUUCUUUACAGGCAUCAUGAGCGUCGGCACUGCACCAAAUACGCCUGCACCGUGUCGCGAGCUCGGAGUCCACUGGAUCGCACCCACUCUUCCGGGCAUGGGAAACACCAGCACUCGUGAUAAGAGCGUACCUUACCACGUGUCCUUGGCGAGGGAUAUGGUCGCCCUGCUGUCAAACCUGUAUCCCACGGACGCUUAUGACACGCUCUACAUUGCAGGCGGAUCAUACGGCACCGUCCCCGCACAAAUGCUAUACGGCGCGCCGUAUGAGCUAUUUCCCCCGGGUCGCAAGAUCGUCGGGUGCGUCCUGCUCAACGGCUUCGCCCCUCUCAAGUACCACGCCGACUACGCGAAGACGCUGAGCUGGCAGAACUGGUUCUCCUACGGGUGGCCCACUCAAGUGCUUCCAUUCCACCUCCUCCAACGACUCUUCCGCUUCGCGAUCGGAUCGAAGCUAAACACCCUUGAUGGUGCGAAGACGUUCCUCCGGCAAACAAUCAUCGACCAAAUGGGCGACGAAGAGAAGUCGACGUUCCGAAAGUGGCUGGACAGGAAUCGUCUCACCGAGGACGCCUUCGUCGAACAAAUGGCGCAGGGCACCAUCAUGUGCUGCCGCAACUGGGAUGGCUUCAUGGAAGUUGCCGACGUGAUCCACUCCGACUGGGGGUUUGAGCCUAAGGCGCUGGACGAUGCGCAUGCGUCGAAACCGGUCCUGGUUGUCGGUUCUGAGGUCGAUCGGAUCGGCGGGAGCGCCAAUGACUGGCUGGUGAGCAAUUACAAAUCUGCCAAGCUCAAAGUCGUGCCAGGAGGCCACAUUUCGUCCCUGUUCUACAUGGACGAGAUCUGGGAAGAGAUCUUUCGCAUGGCGAAAUUGUAG